AUGCCCCGGAGUCCCACGUCCAGUGAGGAUGAGAUGGCCCAGAGCUGUUCUGACUACUCCGAGGACUCCGCCUCUGACAGCUCCCGUGAGGAGACCAUCUACGAGACCAUAAGAGCCACCGCUGAGCCGACCCCCAGACGCAUGGACGACAUACACACUCACUCCCUGGUUGUCCGCGUCCUCAUCCCCGACCUGCAGCAGACAAAAUGUAUGCGGUUCAACCCCAACGCGACUGUGUGGGUUGCCAAGCAGAGGAUCCUGUGCACGUUGAGCCAGAGUCUGAAGGAUGUGCUGAACUACGGACUCUUCCAGCCCGCCAUGAACGGACGUGAUGGGAAGUUCCUGGAUGAGGAACGCCUCCUCCUGGAAUACCCACAGCCAAUCAGCAAAGGAGUUCCAGCUCUGGAGUUCCGCUACAAGAGCCGAGUCUACAGGCAGACCCAUGUGGAAGAGAAGCAGAUUGCCAAACUUCACACCAAGGCCAACUUGAGAAAGUUUAUGGACCUCAUCCAGCACCAUCAGGUGGAGAAAGUAUCUAGGCUGCUGGAGAGAGGGCUGGACCCCAACUACCAGGAUACAGAGACCGGUGAGACCCCCCUGACAUUUGCGGCCCACCUGGAUAACGUGGUGGAGAUUAUAAAGGUUCUGAAGAAUGGAGGGGCUCACCUGGACUUCAGGGCCAAAGAUGGCAUGACGGCGCUACACAAAGCUGCUAGGUCCAAGAACCAGGUUACUCUGACGACCCUGUUGGAGCUUGGUUUGUCUCCAGACUAUAAGGACAGUCGGGGUCUGACGGCGCUCUAUCACACAGCCAUGGUGGGAGGAGAUCCGUUCUGCUGUGAGUUGCUGCUACAUGAACACGCCACCGUCUGCUGCCAGGACGAAAACGGCUGGCACGAAGUCCACCAGGCUUGUCGGAAUGGCUAUGUCCAGCACCUGGAGCAUCUGCUGUUCUACGGGGCGGACAUGAGCGCACAGAACGCCUCAGGGAACACGGCGCUGCACAUUUGUGCUCUCUACAACCAGGAUAACUGUGCCAGGGUGCUGCUGGUCCGUGGAGCCAACAAAGAGGUGAAGAAUUACAACAGCCAGAGUCCCUUUCAGGUGGCCAUCAUUGCGGGGAACUUUGAACUGGCCGAACUGGUCAAGAACCACAAAGAGACAGAUAUAGUGCCUUUCCACGAGGCCCCGGAAUACUCCAAGCGGCGUCGGGUCCCUCCCUCUACCAGCAGCAGCAGUAGCUGCCUGGUGGCCCCCCGGGUCCUGCUGCGCUCCAACAGUGACAACAGCCUCACAGUGAGCCAGGGGCCUCCCCAGGACUGGUCCCAGCCCCAGGGACCCCCCCAGCACCACGGAUCCCAACACGGAGGGGUCGGACCCCCCACCGCCACCUCUCACCGUAGCCUCUCUCCACAGCUGCUCCAGCAGAUGCAGGGGAACCCAAAUGGCACUGUGAGGACCAUGGGCCAGAGGUCCCGCAGUACCAGCGUGGGGGUGGUCCCGCGGAGUCGGUCCCCAUCCCUCAACCAGCUGGGAGAGGAGGCCUGCAGGCCACAACCGCAGACACAUGUACAGACACAGCAGACUCAGCACAGACAGCCCAGCCCCAGUGGUAAUGUGGAGGUGGUGGUGCAGCGGAGGAAGCUGUACAGUGCCGUGCCAGGUAGGCACUUUGUGGUGGUCCAUUCCUACCAUCCACAGGCCGAGGGAGAGAUCACCCUCUACAAGAACGACAGGGUUAAAGUUCUGAGUAUCGGAGAGGGGGGGUUCUGGGAAGGCAGUGCCCGGGGCCAGGUGGGCUGGUUUCCUGCGGAGUGCGUGGAGGAGAUUCCUGCCAAGCCCAGCGAGGAGAGAACGCACACAAGAGCUGACCGCUCGGACAAGAGGAAACUCUUCCGACACUACACUGUGGGGUCCUACGAUAGCUUUGAUGCCUCCAGCGACUGCGUGGUCGACGAGAAGACGGUGGUCUUGACCAAGAAGGAGAAUGAAGGCUUCGGCUUCGUGCUGCGAGGGGCCAAAGCGGACACGCCCAUCGAGGAGUUUACUCCCACCCCUGCCUUCCCAGCUCUCCAAUACCUGGAGUCGGUGGACGAGGGAGGAGUGGCCUGGCAGGCGGGGCUUAGGACCGGGGACUUCCUCAUCGAGGUGAACCAAGAGAAUGUGGUGAAGGUGGGCCACAGGCAGGUGGUCAACAUGAUCCGUCAUGCAGGGAACAGCCUCAUCAUCAAAGUGGUAACGGUCAGCAGGAAUAUGGACCCUGAGGAUACCGCACGUAAAAAAGCCCCCCCACCGCCAAAGAGAGCCCCCACCACCGCCUUGUCUAUGCGCUCCAAGUCUAUGACCUCUGAACUGGAAGAACUAGAUAAAGUGGACGAGGUGUCACCUUCCCAGAAUGCCGUGGACAUGAAGGUGGCCACCAUUAAGCCACGCCCCUCCAGCCGCUGUUUGGUCACGCCUACUGACAUGAAUUCAAUGUACGACCGCCAGGGUGGAGUGGCAGUGGUACCACCCACUGUGCCAGGCAGUCCUCGAGGGGGGGCAUUCCUGGGUAUUCUUGCCAAGGGUGGCACCAUGAAGAGACAGAAGUCCAUAGGUAUAACAGAAGAGAAGACGCUCCUCACCCCUCCCCCACUCAAGUUCACCCGCAGCCUCUCCAUGCCCGACACGUCCGAAGACAUCCCCCCUCCCCCGGUCAUCUCCCCCCCAUCUCCCCCCUCCUCCUACAACUCUCCCUCUGUCUCCCCCAUGCAACGGGGCUACGGCACCACCCGACCGGGCCUCACCCUCAACUCCGCUGGAAAAUGUUCCAACGCCAGUACCCUUGGCAACCGCACGGUAGAUGUAGGGACGCUAAGGCGAGGUUAUCACCGCCAGAGCUCAGUACAGUACGAUAGUAGAAGCCGAGGACGGGCGCCCGUGCCCGAGAACCCGUACUCGGAGGUGGGCAACAAGGCGCUGUACAUGCCCGCCAAGCCGGCGAGGAGGAAGGGCAUGCUGGUCAAGCAGCCCAAUGUGGAGGACAGCCCAGAGAAGACCUGCUGCACCCCGCCCUCAGGCGCCGUUUCCAUGCCGACCACGCCCACUGAGAGGACCUUCUCGUCCAUUCCCAUCCCCACCAUCAUCGUCAAGGAGCCGUCCACCAGUAGCAGUGGGAAGAGCAGCCAGGGCAGCAGUAUGGAGAUCGAGCCAACCACGCCCGAACACCCACCCUUAACGCCCAGGGCAGCGGGCAGGGGGCUAAGGUCUGAAGACCCCAUUGUCAACAACCCCUUUGCUGCUGCCAUCGCAGGGGCAGUGAGGGACCGGGAGAAGAGGCUGGAGGCGCGGAGGAACUCGCCUGGCUUCCUCUCCACCGAUAUGGGAGAUGAGGACUUGGGAGACCCCACCCCUGCCCCGCAGCUACGCCAGUCCAAGUCCAUCGACGAGGGGAUGUUCAGCAACGACGAGCACCUGCGGAGGAUAAUGGCACCCCCGCCGGCCACCACCCUGCUGCGGUCCCAAGAAGGGGGUGACCGUGGCGGUAACGUGACGGACUUCAACACCCCUGAGCCCACCCAGGUGGUGAGGGAGCCUCUGACCGCACGUACCGGUCAGUACCCCAACCUGGACAGCCCCGUCAGUCUCCCGGACAGCACGCCCAAGACCUACAGCUCAAACGGAGGAGGGGGCUACCUGCACCCCGUCACGGGUAACGCCCUGGAACCUAACUCGCCCCUCGCCCUGGCGCUGGCGGCCCGGGACAGAGCCAUGAAAGAGCAGACACAAACGACCAUGGCGACACAAGCCCCACCCCCUUCUCUACCUCAACCGCGCCCCAAGAUCGACGCCCCCCAGUCCCUCCCCCCCAACCCCCACAAACAUGGCCUCAAUCAGCCCCUCUUCAUCGAUACCAAGCUCCGCUCCAGCAUUGAGCCGGGCUUCGCCACCUCCACAACAACCCUGGGGCGAGGCAUAGGGGGGGGCCUGAAGAGGCAGAUGACGGAGCAGAAGUACGAGUCUGACAUAGCGAGGGAGGAGAGGCAGCAGGCGGCGGAGGAUGGGAAGAGCAUACAGAUCGACGUUGUGGACACGUCACAAACUCAGAAAGUGGCUGGUCUGCUGAUGGUGCACUCCAAAAACAGCCCAGAGGAGGAAGACAGGGGGCAGGAGAACACACCAGCCCAGGACAACAGCAUCCCCAGCGAACUUAGAGACCCCAACCAGCCAAACCCCCCCACCAACAGCCACAGUACCAAACCCCUGCCCCCCGUGCCGCAGGGGAAGACCAUCACGGCUGGGGGUUCGGUGGACGAGCCAGUCAAGCUGCCCUUCCGCAUGCCCCCUCCCCCACUGGCCUCGGUGGACAUUGAGGAGGUGGAAGAGUUUGUCUUCUCCGAGCCCCUGCCACCGCCACUGGAGUUCGCCAACAGCAUCGACAUCCCUGAGGACCAGGCAACGAACAUCGCUGAGUUGCUCAAGCAACGGGACCAAGAGAGACGCAACGGGAUGGGAACCAGGCGGCCACAUCCACCCCCCUACUACACUCACGCCCCGACCCCUGUCGGCCAGUUCAGACGAGGGAGCGGGAUGUCCAAUUGCAUGCCCCCACCCUUCUAUCCCCCUACGCCCCCUGACGGUGGCUUUGAGCAAGGUGUCACUGACUCAAGCAUCGAGGAGGUAGACAGUCGCAGAAGUGGAGACCCCCAUAUAGAGACUACCAGCACCGUUUCCACAGUUUCGAGUAUCUCUGUACUGUCAUCAGAGGGCGGGUACAACAGCGCCCUGGAGAACACUUCUAUGGUCUAUACUGACGGCCAGACUUACCUCGACGACCGACCCCCCGUUCCCCCCAAGCCCAAAAACAAGCCCGUCAUCAACAAGAACACUGCACUUUACCACAACGUCCUCAUGGAGGAAUCCCUGGACUCCUUCGGGGCGCCCCCUCCUGUCCCUCCCCCUCCACCCGGGUCCAUAUCCCCCCCAGAACUCCCCAGGACCCCCCCCCAUCGGUCGUCCAAGCUGUGGGGCAAGCCCCCGGAGCUAAGGAGCCCACCCAUGCCCGACCCCAAGGCCACGGUUAUCAACGAGCUGAGCUCCAUCUUAUCACAGAUGCACCGGCCCAAACCGGGGGACUCCCUGGACUCACCCACCACAGGGGCCAGGGGCGGCUUAGGAACCAGCUCUCCAGCCACAGGAAGCCAGCGGAACUCCAGCGUGUCUUUCAGCCUGCCCCCCUCCUCCUGCACCCCUCCUUCCAGUCUGCCCCCUCACCUCUGCAGCCCCCCAGACACCUCGUCCCUCUCCUCGCCCCCCUGCCCCUCCUCUUUAACCCACUCUUCCUCACCCAGCCUUAGCGACCUUUUCGGCCUGCCCACCCUGCCCAUGGAGAGUGUGAGAGGCUUCGGCAGCAUGGGUGGUAGCCUUGGUGGAGGGUCCUCGUGCGGUGACUCGCGCUCCCCCUCGCCGCUCACCCUAAUGCAGGCCAUAGCCACCUCGGGCAAGUCCUUUGCCUCCAAGCCCGUGGAGCUGUGGAGCAAGCUGGACGUGGCCGACUGGCUGGACAGCCUGAAUCUGUCGGAGCAUAAAGACGCCUUCCUGGACAACGAGAUCGAGGGCGCCCACCUGUCUUCGCUGCAGAAAGAAGAUCUGAUUGACCUGGGGGUGACGCGGGUGGGCCACCGCAUGAACAUCGAGAGGGCCCUCAAAAUGCUGCAGGACAGAUAA